GCCGUAACUAAUCCUCCACAGGGGCUAUGCGUUAACGCGAUCGCCUAUAGAGACGCCUAAAUACAUGCGUGAAUGCUAUUUCAUAAUUGCUCACGGUAUUUUAUCGGUUUGAAAACCUAUUGAUAAUGUCAGAGAAAAACACCGCGAACAGCGAAAAUACUAGAGACUGGUCUGCCAGGCAAGUAGAUGAAUUCAUUUCCAAGUUUAGAGAACAGGGUGUAAUUGUGGACGAGCUAUCGAAUUUGAAAAAGGAUCGGAAGGUGUAUAGGCAGCAGCCAAACAGCCAUGUUUUCUUCCUCGCUGACAGAAUUCAAACACUGAGCGAGUGUAAAAAAAUAUUUGAUGACAUGAAGCUUACUCAACAAGAGCUUCAGAACGCUGGAAAGGCCAAUCCCAAGAAUUAAGCCAUACGUUUUAGGAAACGAGAAUGUGCGGCAUAUGCUGUACUGUGAGUUUCAUUGCUUGCCCGGGCGAGACAUUUGAUUCUGAAAAUGAUGUAAACCUUCAACGCAGAGGUCCCGAUAGCAGCCAGCAUUUAAUUACUUGUGACUUUAAUCAUCGCUAUAGUUGCUUUUUCUCUGGUCAUGUUCUCCACUUGAGAGGGAAGUUGACUCCUCAGCCAUUGAAAGACAAGCAUGGUAACGUUUUUCUUUGGAAUGGAGAAGUCUUUGGUGGCAUUGAAAUAUCCUCUACGGAAAAUGACACUCAAGUAAUGCUUAAUCGCCUUUCCGACUGUAAUGGAGAGCAUGAUAUACUGGCGCUUUUGUCCCUUGUGCAGGGUCCUUGGGCUUUUAUUUAUUAUCAUGCUGAAAGCCAUAGUUUGUGGUUUGGAAGAGAUUUUUUUGGACGGCGUAGUCUUUUGUGGAAGUUUAACCAGAAUUCUGAGAAGGUCUUGUGUCUUGCCUCAGUAAAGGAUUGCUCUCCAGAAUCUGAUGAGAAUCCAUGGCAUGAGGUUCCAGCAUCUGGAAUUUUCCGGUGUGAUUUAGGUUCUUGUGGUAUUUCAAAAUGUCUUCAGUUGACGUGGUAUCCAUGGAAGUCUGCUGCUGACGAUAUGCUUACCAACGAACUAACAUUAUGUGAAGGGAAAACCCCGGUUGUGACAGAGUUCCCGUCGUUUAUCACUGUAUUAAAGAGUGAAAAUGGCAUAUUAACUACUCCAGUUUCUCCCUUAAACAAAGAAAUUCCUGAAAUAUCAGUCGAGGCUAAUUUUUCUAACAACUCUCACAACGUUACUUUAGAAGACCUUAAAAGAUUGGUUACAGAUGAUAACCGCAAAAAUGCAGCUUUACUUAUAGACGUGUUAAGUGAAGCUGUUCGGAAAAGGACUCUGUACCUUCAUCGAAAUAAAGAGGCUUUGCUGUCCGAUGUUGAAAGAAGUGCAAAUAUUGCUGUCCUAUUUUCUGGUGGCAUUGAUUCCAUGAUUCUGGCAGUCCUUGCAGAUCGGCAUGUUCCACCAGAGGAACCUAUAGACCUUCUCAAUGUGGCUUUUAUGAUGAAAGCAGCAAAUCCUCAAAGUACUCACCUGAAAAAUGUAAGGAAAGCCAAACGCCAAUCCGUAUCUUCAAUGCAUCCAAGUAAUUUUGACCCCUCGGCUUCAGGUUCCUCCUUUGAUGUUCCAGAUCGAAUCACAGGAAGGGCAGGUCUGGAAGAACUUAAAGCCAUAAACCCAUUAAGAACUUGGAAUUUUGUAGAAAUUAACGUUUCUUUGGAAGAACUAAAAGAGAUGAGGCAACAACGUAUUUGUCAACUCGUUCAGCCGCUGAAUACUGUCCUAGAUGACAGCAUUGGCUGUGCUGUGUGGUUUGCUUCCAGGGGUAAAGGCAUGCUAACUAGCAAUGGAGAAACUAAACAGUAUGUCAGCAUGUCCAAGGUGGUAUUGACUGGAAUUGGCGCAGAUGAACAGCUUGCCGGCUACUCCCGUCACAGAGUGCGUUUCAAAAACAUGGGUCACAAAGGCCUUCUUCACGAACUGAGCAUGGAACUGGGGCGUAUAUCUUCCAGAAACCUUGGUCGCGAUGACCGAGUUAUUGGUGACCACGGAAAAGAAGCAAGAUUUCCAUUUCUCGAUGAAGAUGUUGUAUCGUUUUUGAACUCUUUACCUAUCACUGAGAAAGCAGACUUAACCCUGGCCAGAGGUCUUGGAGAGAAAUUCAUAUUACGGAUUGCAGCUAUGGAAUUGGGACUCGCCUCCUCCUGUGUAUUACCCAAAAGAGCUAUGCAGUUUGGAUCCAGGAUAGCAAAAAUGGAAAACAGAGCCGAGAAAGCAUCAGAGAAAUGCAGCAGACUACAGACUAGUCUUUUAGAAUAGCCUCCUUCGGGUUUUUUUUUUUGUACCCUUUGGCAGCAGAAUAUGAAAUUCAAGGUUUUAUUGUAAACAUGA